AUGCGUUUGCAACUUCUGAUUCAGCGCCACACGUUUCCUCCGGUCCAAAUCCUAUUUACAACAGGUACCGGCCCCGCGUCACAUACGAAAUCCCGAGACUGCACCAUCGCCGACCUCUUGAAUGAUGUCAAUGACCUUGUGCCACUGGAGUCGGCGGACGGAGAAUGGGGCCUCGAAGACUAUGUCGUGGAAGUCGCCGCGACCGCCGACCAAACCUCCACGUAUGAGUGCCUACAUUUCCAGACCUGUGAAGCGGUGCUGCGUGAAGAUGACGAAGUCAUCAUAAGGGCUCUGACCUCCGAGGACUUGAGAGCCCGAAGACUAGGAGGAAGACAUCAAAUCUCAGGAGAUGGCAGACACCUCAUUGACGGAGUUGCAUUCGGCAGGCAGUGGCUCAAAAAGACCAAUCGGCCAGGCAUUGUGAUUCCACCAAGGAAGAGAAGGAAAGUUCUCAUGGAAGAGCCUUUCGCGGAGAAUGAAGAAGAGACUAGACAAUUUCUGUCCCUCGAGAACAACCAUACCGGAGCUCUGGUGCCCUACACGGGAGACGAGGAUGAGGACGACGAGGACUAUGUGGAUGAAACUGAAGCCGAUGAUUCGGCCCCGCAAGUUUCUAUUAGAGGGGAAUUCGAUGAUGCAGAUGCAGAUGCAGAGGAUCAUUCAGGGCUCUCUGCUCAAGAGAUGCAUGCCAGAGGAGAGGAAUUGUCCACUGAACUCAAGUUUUUACUCGAAGAUGCUGCAGACAUCGCAAGAGCAGGGAGUGGGAUUGAGUCCCGGAGGAUUCUUGAAAACAAGCUUAAAAGAAAGCGUGAUUUACAGGACGACAAAGAAAACUACGACGAUGACACCUUCGAGGGAUUUUCCACUCCGGUCCAAGCCUCGACUAAUGCAGCUGUUGGAGACGAGGACUCUGAUGCUGAUACAGAUGGUGUGCUGGAGGAGGUGGCAACCCAGAACAUUGUCGAGGACGAUGACGAUGAUGACGAAUCCGGUUCAGAUGCUACGUCAAGCUCUGAAAGUUCGUCGUCUGAUUCUGAUGCUGAGAGCAUAAUGGCAGAGCUCACUAUCAAACAAGCACAGAAGAGAGCCCUAAAUCUUAUCAAAGACGCCUUGAACGAUUCAUCUAACGAUUCAGAGUCUGCUGAAGAUGACUCAACUUCCAGCUCUGCCACUGACUCCGAUUCCGACGCCCUUCAUGAUCGUGAACCAGAUUCUGAUACUUCGUCAUCGUCAUCAUCAUCAUCUUCUUCUUCUGAAUCCGGAUCGGAAGUGGAGAAGGAACAAAAUGGAAACUUGAAAAAGCCUGCAGGAGCCACGGCCGACUCGUCCUCCAACCUCCAACCGCCCGAGACGGGCUUAUCAGACUCAAACCGCGCAUCGACUGGCGUGCCUUUCUCUGGCUCGAGAAGAACUCACAACAAAAACAAUCGAGCAAAAAAGCGAAAGAAGUUGAACUUUCUUAAGAAGCAAGGCCUCCUAUCUGAAGAUGCAGAUUUCCAGGCAUUGGCGGCGUAUGAACAAAAGUCGCAAUCAGCAAAUGCGAGCGCUAAUGGUAUUGUAGAACAAAUGCAGGACGGAAAUGGGGACCAAGUUCCUGAAGCCAAGAGUGAAGACACAGAAGGGAUGGCUGACAAGAUAGCGAACGGGCCCAGUCAUACGGAUGCCGAAGCCAGCCCUGGUGAAUCUGGGGAACAAGUUCAAGAUCCCGUCCCAGAGUCUUCCACUCAGCUAGAUUCACAAACAGCUACGGAACCUACUCCCAAGAGAGCCAGGCUUGAUCUGGCCAGCUCUCGAAGAAUGCUGUUUUCUUCCCUUGGGUUACGCACCCCCAAGACGCCGGAGGACGAGCAGGCUUUGAAGGAGAAAUUGGCCAAGUCUGCCCGACCCGUGAAAAAUAAUAGAAGUCCAUCCAACGGGACUGGUCUGAAUUUCCGACCAAGCCAGACUCCCGCCGAAGACGACGAAUCCUGGAAGAACAAAUUGGUUAUUUCGGCCGUCGAAUGUGAACAGCAAGAAGGUGUUCUGACUCCGCCCCCAUUCCCAUUCCGACAAGGUUGGUCUAAGCCUUCGAAUGCUGGUUUCAACAGAAACAAGCGAGCCGAGCGGGAUCGCCACCAAUCCUACCAGGACAAAAACGAUCUAGAUCAGGAGGAUGAUCAAACCGCCUUCGCCCCAGAUAUUUCAUCACUCGUCGCCGCGAAUGGACAAGAUGCAGUUCGUACAAAUGGGACCAAGACUACUCCCCCCGCUGGAGACGAAGAAUCAGACGGCAUCGUCAUUCCCACUAGUUUCGAAAUCCUUCCAGAGCUUGACCGGGCCAAGGUCCUACCAGGGACUAUUAUAGCCUACAAAGAGUUGCAUGUCGACGCCACGACAGAUUAUCAACCAGAAAUAUCGUCGUACCGGGUUGGACGAGUGUCGCAUAUGGAUGCUGAUGGCACGAUUCAUCUGCAAUUGGCCAAAGGUUGCGUGAAAUCGGCCUCGAGCGCAAAAUUUGAUAAAGAAACGGGAAAGAGAGUCUACGGCAAGUUCGACCUCGAGCAGGAAGAUGGGGAUGAUGUAUUAGACGAUGGCGCUCGCGAAAUUACAUUCUCGAACAUGAUACUGCCGAGACUUGUGGAAGCCUCAUCCGUGGAGGUCCCAGACAGCAAUCGUGUUAAUGGACUUGGGAGCAGCGAUGCUCCUGCUCGAUCCGUUGACGAUGGAGAUGCUGUCAUCCCAGAGUCGGCCGAACAAAAAUUGAAACCACAAGCACCAGAAAAGCUACAGAUCUCAGUGGAUGAAAUAACUACUCCACGGAGGAAGGAGAUUACGGAUAUGAUGAAAGAAGCUGGUUUUGAAUCGGCCUUGGACGAACAUUUGCUGAAAACGAUACCAAACCCCUCGGAUCCAUCUGACAGUCCUUGGGAGCCACCAUCCCAGUCUCAAGAAGAGUAUCCUCACCGGUUCCGGAGGAGGUCCCCUCGGGAAGGCAAUCAACCUUUGGACAAAGGGGCAGUCGAUGCUAAUAUCACUUUUGAUUCUGAUUGGUCUCCGGUAUCAUCACCCAUAGUUCACCCCCAGGAGACUGUCGAAUACCCUCAUAUCUCCCAAAUGGAGAUCAAUUCCUCGGGAGCUAUCCAGACCACCAACGACAGUUCUUACCAGGAUGCCCAGAAGGUUUCUCCUGCCCCGGCCGUAGACGAUUUGUCUUUCACUAUUUCAGAACACGAGAACCCUGCGAGGGAGGAGGAGAGCAACUCUGGUGACAUCAACAAUCACGAAGAGAAUGAUGAGCCUGGUCAGCGACAGAACUCGCCGGCUCCCCCGGAGUCUGAGGCAUCGCCAUCGCAGCCACAGGAGGCUGAAAACGAUGAAUCUUCAGAUCGAAAGAAUUCUUUUUUAGGCGGACGUGGCUCCGAUGGUCGCGACUCUUUGCACCAUGGUGAUGGCCUCAGUGGUGAUGAGAGCGAUUUUCCGUCUCUGGGGGAAUUUAUUUCAAGCCGAAAACCGCGCAAAGCGACUCGAUCGCCUACAAUCAAGGUCUCGCCUCCUCCCACUCGCCGAUCACUUCGUCACUCGAGGAAGGUUGAGAGUCGAAGCCCCUCAAUCAGCCCUCCACUUCCACCAUCAAGUCAACCUGCGAUCAAAUUAUCCCAGAGUCAAAGCGAGCCACGAAUGGCACAAAUUCCUCCCGGGACUCAAGUCAUUGACUUGACGACGUCCAGCGAUGCAGCCAGUCCUCCGAAGCGCGACAGAGGAUUCUCUUAUGGCAGGUUCAAAACCGAGCCUCGGGUCAAUGGGACGGGGAAAACAUACCCCAACACGGCAAAGCCAGCUCCUGGUGUCGGUACCAGGAGACUGCUUACCACCAAGAAGACGAGAAGUUAUUAUUGA